GUUUAAUUUCCUGCAAAUGUCGAUAACAGCUAUCGAGUAGGGUAGGAGUAGUUCCUGAAAGCGGUUAUGGUUUGAUUUAGAUAAACUUGUUGAGGUUUUGUUUGUUUGGUUGUUGGGGUGGUGUGUUUCAGUGCCUAUUAUAAUUUUUUUUGAAUAUGAGUGUUAUUAGAGGUACGCGAGGGAUUGAUAUGCCCAGCACAUCGGGCUACUACUUUGUUAAAGAAGGGCAUUGUAGUAAGGAUUAUCCAGAACGUUCAGUAGCACAAUAUCCACAACCAGGGCCCUCCUCUCGAUCUGAAUCUCAAAAUGAUGCUCCUAGUACUUCUGGUUGUGGCACUAACCUUAAAAAAAGAAAAUGGACCCCAAGAGUUAAUGAUAAGUAUCCCUCUUCUUUAAAUAAUGAUAAGAAGAAAGAUAGUAAGGAAGUUAUGUAUAAAGACAUGUUGUUGUUUUCCAGAGAAAAUCGUAUCUGGAUGCAUAAGGUUAAUAUACUAUGCCUUCUAGCAUACGGAAACAGGAUAAAUACUAUCAUUAAUGAUGAUUUUAUCAAAGCUGCAAUGUUAUCUUUAGUCCCAUGCCCUUUGAUACCAAGUGGUCCUAUUGAUUCAGACUACUUUUUAGACUUGUUAGAGUGGUAUCGAUGUGUAUUUGUAUUAUCUGAUGUCAAACUAGAAGGGAUAUUAGACUACAAGAACUUUGAAUCAGUUUUCCAGAAUAGGAGAGUUAUUUGUCUUCGGGAUUACGUUAUGCUUUUUGUAUCCAUGUUGCGAGCAUUAGGUUUUAAUGCCAGAUUUGUGAUGUCAUUACAGCCAUAUCCUAUCAAUGUUGAUGAUUUUGAAAAAGACAGUAAUUCUUCAAAUGAAGAUGAUUUUGAUGCUUUUUGUGACCAUUUGGUUACAUUGAAAAAAGGGAAAGGGUUUGUACGCUCUAAAAAAGGAAAAGAUUUAUUAUCACCUGAAGCUGUUGAGCAUUUGAACAAUCCUGUCCCUAUCUCUCGUUUAGAAAAAGAAAAGAUGAUAAUGAAGAAGUAUAAAACUGUUCUUGUUGAAGCUAUCAAACGUAAAAAUGUCAAAUUGGAUCAUUGGGUUGAAGUUUAUGUAGAAAAACGAUGGAUGUCAGUCAAUAUAAUUCAUCAAACAGUUGAUGAAAUUGAUUCAAUAUAUGAGAAUCUUACUCUUCCUCUGAAGUAUUGUCUUGCCUGGACAAAUACUAAUAGCGUCCAGGAAGUGACAAAGCUUUAUGCCCCUGAUUGGUAUAAAGGUACUAGCAAAAGACGAGCUGAUAAGCUGUGGGUUGACAGUACAUUUGCCAUAUUUGAUAAACGGGCAGCUAAGAGGUAA